CCUCCUGUUUCUGGCCCAGCGGGACAGGCGUGGAUCUGCAAGCCCACAGGCCUGAAUCAGGGCCGAGGGAUCUUCCUGCUGCGGACACAAGAGGAGAUCAACGCCUUCCGGGCCAAACUGCAGAGCAUUGAAGACAGCCAGCAGCACAGGGCCACGCCCUUCCGUUGUCCACAGGCCAGGAUCGUACAACGGUACAUUCAGAGCCCUUUGCUAUUAGAAGGCAGGAAAUUUGACGUCCGUUCCUACUUCCUCAUCGCCUGCCUGACCCCGUACAUGGUGUUCUUUCGCCAUGGUUACGUCAGGCUCACCUGUGACCCUUAUGACCCCAGCUCAGAUGACCUGUCAGCUCACUUGACCAAUCAGUACAUGCAGAAGAAGAACCCUCUCUAUAAUGAGGUGAAGGAGGAGACGGUGUGGUCCAUGGAGCGCUUCAACGACUACGUUAAUGAGAAGUUUCGGGCUGUCAGGGCUCUCCCCCAGGACUGGGUCCUCAGUGUUUUCACAAAGCGAAUGCAGCAGAUCAUGACACAGUGCUUCCUCGCAGUCAGACCCAAGCUGGAGCGGAAACUGGGGUACUUUGAUCUCAUCGGCUGUGACUUCAUGAUUGAUGAGGACUUCAAGGUGUGGCUCCUGGAGAUGAACUGUAACCCGGCGCUGCACACCAACUGUCAGGUGCUCAAGGAGGUGGUGCCCAGUGUGGUCAAUGAGACGCUGGACCUGACCAUCGAGAUCUUUAACAAGUGUCGCAAGAAACAAAGUCUGGCCCCGCUGGAAACUCUGAGAAACUUCGUCCUG